UUAAAGCCCCACCUUUCAUUUCCCUCUCCUCUCCUCUCGUCCUUCCUUACCAUCAUGGAAUAGCUUCUUAUCACUGACUGUCUCCCAUUCUUUUUUUCUCUUUCUAUGUUUCUCCCCCUUUCCAACUUUCCCAAGGGACAAAUUUUUUGUGCUGUUCUUUCUCAGGGAGAAGCAAGGAUGAAGAACUAACAACGAGGAAGAGACCUUUCUCCCUCAGCCGAAACUUUUUACGCUGCAUACACAUUAACUUUCUUGACUUAAUACGAUGUCGGUAAUAAGUCCAUCUUCUAUCAGCAAUGUUUCACUUGUUCCUAUAGCCAACCAUACGGGGAAAACCAAUAGUUCAACAAGAUUCAGCUUUUCUAGAAAGCCCACUAAACAUACAUUUCAUAACCAAAGAUUUCUUUUACCCCUAUCAACGUCGGUUAGGCUGUUUCCAAAUUGCACUAAAAACCUUUUUUGUAGUCAUGGCCGUAGAAUUAGAAUAUUUUCUGCUACAGGAACUGAUGUGGCAGUGGAGGAGUCAGAUUCACCGGUUUCUGGUGAAGAAUCAACUCAAAACUCAGAACUUACGUCAGGUGCAAUCUCAACAAAUGAAGAAACCCCUGUUAAGUCAGAUGUGGCUCCUACACAAACAAAACGUUCCAGACCUGUGAGGAAGAGCGAAAUGCCGGCUGUAAAUAAUGAGGAACUUAUUCCUGGUGCAACUUUUACUGGAAAAGUAAGAUCAAUUCAACCAUUUGGUGCCUUUGUUGAUUUUGGAGCGUUCACUGAUGGCUUAGUACAUGUAUCAAGGUUGAGUGAUAGCUAUGUUAAGGAUGUUGCAAGUGUUGUUUCUGUCGGGCAAGAGGUGAAAGUAAGAUUGAUUGAAGCAAAUGCUGAGGCUGGACGAAUUUCUCUCUCAAUGCGUGAAAAUGAUGAAAGGAAGGAAUCUCCAGCUAGCAACGAUAAACCUGGGUCUAGCAGAAAGAGCGCUCCAAAAGCAAGAGGACCAAGGAGAGAUGAGGUGAAGAAAAGCUCAAAUUUUGUCAAGGGGCAAGAUUUACAGGGCACAGUGAAAAAUAUUACCCGGUCCGGUGCUUUCAUAUCUCUUCCUGAGGGAGAGGAAGGAUUCCUUCCCAGUUCGGAGGAAACCUUUGAAGGAUUUGGGAAUCUGAUGGGAGGCUCUACAUUAGAAAUUGGCCAAGAGGUUAAUGUUAGGGUGUUGCGGAUUGCAAGGGGACGGGUGACUUUGACCAUGAAAAAAGAUGAAGACAAUGACAAGUCAGACUCUCAGUUCAUUCAAGGGAAAGUUUAUGCAGCAACAAACCCCUUCUUGUUAGCAUUUCGUAAGAACAACGAUAUUGCCACAUUUUUAGAUGAGAGGGAGAGUAUAGAGGAAGCAGCUAACAAAUCUGUUGUACAGAAAGUUACGGAAAUAGUGGAAGGGAUAGUCGAUGCAGAUCAGAUCGAAGCUGAUGACAAGGUGGAGAAAAGUGUGCCUCCUGCUGUCGAUGAGGCAGUUAAAGAAGAUGAGCCUGAAAGGUCAGCUGAUUCAUCUGCUGUGGCUCAAGACGACUCGAAGAGCAUCCUAUCUACUUCAGAAGGCGUUGUGGAUGGCGUCGUUGAUGCAGAGAAUAAAGAAGCAGAGGGAAAUUCUGAAAUCAAGGCUUCUGAUGACAACCAAUUACCAAAUGACCUAGCAGUUGACAAGUCUGAAGUGUUAGAUGACUCAUCUUCUGAUGUUUUGGUUACUCAAGAUGAAGGAGAAAGCACAUUAUCUACUUCAGAUAAUAUUGUGGAUGCUGUAACUGAUACUACUGAGAAAAAAGCAGGGGAAAGUUCUGAAGUUAAGCAGUCGGAAGACGAGCAAUCUGAAGAGGUCCGGGUAGUUGAGGCUGCUCAACCUAUAGAUGGACCUGAGACUGAUGGACAAGUAGCUGUCCCUGAUGAUGAAGCCAACAAACUAGUGUCUUCAGAAAGUUCAGUUAGUGAAGAGCUUGUGGCUGGUGAAGACAGUGUUGCUGCGGAGAAAGAAAGUGAGCAAAGCCGAAAGGAUUUGGAAAAUGAGAUUGUUUCUGCUUCUUCAUCUGAAAAGGAAGAGGACAAACCAGAAUCUGAUUCAAAUGGUAGCAUCACGAGUUUAGGUCAAUCUGGUGAAGAAGUUGCUGAGAGUCAAGUUGAUAUUGAGUCACCUGCUGAAAACCCUGAAGUUGUUUCCUCUGCACCAGUUAUAGAAGAAAAGAUAGCAACCGCUCCUGAGAGGAGUGCUGACCCUCCAGAAGAAGUUGCACCAAAAGCUGCGAUAUCACCGGCUUUGGUAAAGCAGCUUCGUGACGACACAGGAGCAGGAAUGAUGGAUUGCAAAAAAGCUCUGGCGGAGAGUGGAGGCGACAUUGCUAAAGCUCAGGAGUUCCUCAGAAAGAAAGGCUUAGCAAGCGCAGAAAAGAAAGCUAGUAGAGCCACAGCUGAAGGAAGAAUAGGUUCCUAUAUUCAUGACGGUAGAAUCGGAGUCCUAAUAGAAGUGAACUGUGAAACCGAUUUUGUCUCAAGAGGGGAUAUCUUCAAGGAGUUGGUUGAUGAUUUAGCAAUGCAAGUUGCUGCAUGCCCUCAAGUACAAUAUGUGGUGACUGAAGAUGUUCCAGAAGAGAUCGUGAACAAAGAAAGAGAGGUCGAGAUGCAGAAGGAAGAUCUUUUGUCUAAACCCGAACAGAUCAGGUCAAGAAUUGUUGAAGGGAGGAUAGGGAAGAGGCUUGAAGAGUUGGCAUUGCUUGAACAACCAUAUAUCAAGAAUGAUAAAAUAGUGUUAAAAGAUUGGGUUAAACAAACUAUUGCAACCAUUGGAGAAAAUAUGAAGGUGAAAAGAUUUGUGAGAUACAAUCUUGGAGAAGGCUUGGAGAAGAAAAGCCAAGAUUUUGCUGCUGAGGUAGCAGCACAGACAGCAGCUAAACCUGCUGCAGCUCCAGCAGUAAAAGAGGAGCAGCCGAGUGUAGAGGAAGCGAAGGAAACUGCUCCCAAGGCUGCAGCUGUUGCUGUUCCCGCUGCACUUGUUAAAAAACUCCGAGAAGAGACCGGAGCAGGGAUGAUGGACUGUAAGAAAGCCCUUUCUGAAACUGGUGGGGAUUUAGAGAAGGCACAAGAGUAUCUAAGAAAGAAAGGGCUUUCAAGUGCGGAUAAGAAAUCUAGCCGUCUGGCUGCUGAAGGAAGAAUUGGAUCCUAUAUUCACGACUCCCGUAUCGGUGUUCUAAUUGAAGUGAACUGUGAAACUGACUUUGUGGGGAGAAACGGAAGAUUCAAAGAGUUGGUCGAUGACCUUGCGAUGCAGGUCGUGGCAUGCCCGGACGUGCGGUAUGUGUCAAUAGAGGACAUUCCGGAAAGCAUUGUAAAAAAAGAAAGAGAGAUGGAGUUGCAGAGGGAGGACCUUCAGAAUAAACCAGAGAACAUUAGGGAGAAAAUCGUUGAUGGGCGGAUUUCCAAGAGGCUUGGAGAACUUGUGCUUUUAGAACAACCUUUCAUUAAGGAUGAUAGUAUUUUGGUCAAGGAUUUGGUUAAGCAAACUGUAGCUUCUCUUGGUGAGAACAUAAAAGUUCGUAGAUUUGUUCGCUUCACCAUUGGCGAGACAGUCGCAGAUGCGAAUGAGAAAACCAAAGCAUGAACGGAGGAAAACAGAAUACAGAGGCAUUGAGAACAAAGUUAGAUAUGGGAUCAUGGUAGCAGACAGAAGAAUGUGAAGCCAAGGUGAAAGUGUUUCUGUGGAGAAACUUAAAUAUUAAUUUUCCUCUCUUUUUUGGUAGUGAAGAGUUGAGUUUUACUGAAAAGCUGCAUGAAGCAUUUUGUUCUGAGAGAUUAUAAAAGCUUCUUCAUUCGUAUUAUUCUCUGCAUUUUGGCUCAUUCAUGUAUUAAUCUGUCGAGGCAUUUCUGAAUUGUCAUAUUCAUUAAUUUCAUAUCAUAUGAAUUGUUUGAUAGUUUGAACUUGUAA